AUGGUCAAGGUUAUCGAGUCCGCCGAGGAGUUCAACGCCCUCAUCUCCGGCCCUGAGCCCGUCGUCGUCGACUACUGGGCCACCUGGUGCGGCCCCUGCAAGCUCAUCGGCCCCCACUUCGCCAAGCUCGAGGCCAAGUACCCCGGCGUCACCUUUGCCAAGGUUGACAUCGAGGAGGUUCCCCGCAUGGGCUUGGGGCUACCUUGGGAACCGGAUUACCUUGGGACCGGAACUACGUUUCGAGCUGGAACAAGUGGAGAAGGGGAGUUAGAAUCACAUUCGGGUGUGGGUGGCCCAUCGCAUGGGACACUGUACCCCUCCUGGCCGAACACGCAUGACCACGAACGGUCCCCCGGCCUGUGUGUUUGGCAUCUUCACAUGCGGGCAAGGUUGGAUCCACCACCCGCGGCGAUACGCGCGUGGUGCCAGCCGCGUGAUGUGACGGACGGCCUUGCCACAUUGGCCACUGGUCAAUGGACGCACCCAAACCCACAUACCACAGCACACGUCACUGUUCCUGCUAUCCUUCCCGUGGAACCCAAUCUUGUGUUGGAGGCAGAGCUCCGGCUAUCCUUCCCGUGGAACCCAAUCUUGUGUUGGAGGCAGAGCGUCACGCUUUUACGUGCACGCUUUGUGGUCCCAAGGCAUGAGGUCGCCCAGGAGCAGGGCAUCAAGUCCAUGCCCACCUUCAAGGCCUACAAGAACGGCGCCGUCAUUGAGGAGUUCUCGGGCGCUGUCCCCGCCAAGCUCACUGCCCUCCUUGACAAGGUCUCGGCCCAGUAA